UGACAGCGGAAACAGGAAAGCGGUUCACUAGAGGGGAUACAUGUGCGUUUAGUGAAGGUGAAACGCAGCGGAUGCCGGUGGUUGUAAACGAUUCUGUCCCGAAGAGAUGGACCCGAUGAAAGCUCAGCAGCUCGCCGCAGAGCUGGAGGUGGAGAUGAUGGCCGACAUGUACAACCGGAUGACCAGUGCGUGUCACAGGAAGUGUGUCCCCCCCCACUACAAGGAAGCAGAGCUGUCCAAGGGCGAGGCGGUGUGUCUGGACCGCUGUGUGGCCAAGUACCUGGACGUCCACGAGAGGAUGGGCCGCAAGCUGACCGAGCUGUCUGUGCAGGACGAAGAGCUGAUGAAGAGGGUGCAGCAGGGAGCCCCAGCCACCGUGUAGCUGUGGGGAAGGACAGGGGGUCAGGGGGCCUGGUUUGUCAGUACAGUACACUUUACACUAGGGGACUGAACAUUUCAGUACAUUCAUGUCUAAGAGAGCUGGGUUAAUACGUUACAGUCUCUAUCCGUAUGCCUCUCUCUCACUGCAAUGUUAGUGUGCUGUAGUUUCCAGUUUUUGUCUGUCUGUUCUGUAUUAACCCCUCUCUGUGCCGGACUUAACGCAGGAGUUCCUCAUGGUUUAUAAUAGGACUGAAGUUUGAGCAGUUUUCAUGUUAUUAUGGAAGUUGAUGCUGUAUGGUGUUGGAUGUUUUUUUCAACUUCUUGUUUGCAUUUGUUAGUGUAUCUGUGCUGCUUUGUCCCCGAUUGGGACAGAUUGGUAUUUUUUUUUGGUAAAUAAAACCUUUAUUAACUUGUUUCCUCUG